CUUCUGUCUCUUCACCUCUAGGAAAUCUCGGGGCUUUGCUCUAUCGCAAGUGCUCGCCAGGGUGAUUUCUGAUCACCCCAACCCGAAGUGCUGGCGUCCGAAUGCAUUUUCGUCUGCUGUGCAAAGAAGAGCCAUGAACUUAAAAACCCUCAAGACGGAUUUUUAAUCCUGCCUGGUAGGCAAGGAAAACCCUCCAUCCCCCGCCACCGGCCACCCCUCUCCCGAGACUCUGCAAUCGCCGAGGUGCUCAGAGCCGGAAGGGGACGCUUUGGGAAUGACCAUGCUCCGAGGAGGGACAGAGCUGGCCCCCAGCUUCUCUACACACAGCCUCCUCCACUAACGCUCCAAAAAUCAAAAAACCGUAAUUGCCAGAGGAAUCAUUAAAAAAAAAAAUAGUCCAGCCACCAACCUCACAUGCAAAGGGAAUAAUUACUCUGGAUUCUGCAUCGUGAGCUGCUCUCCAUCCACUGACUUACCUUUGAAUUCAAUCUUUUUUUUUUCUUUGAAUUUGCAUCUCUUCAAGACACAAGAUUCAAACAAAAUUCACGAUAAAUUGGAUUUUAAAUUACCUUCCUUUCAUUUAUCCUUCAUCUUUCUUAUGUGGAUAUGCAAGCGAGAAGAGGAGCUUGGACAUUCCCAACAUGCUCACUCCCUUAAUCCGAUCGUCUAGAGGUUUGGCUUCUACAAACCAAGGGAGUCAACGAGUUGAAGAUGAAGCCCAGAGCAGAGUGCUGUUCACCCAAGUUUUGGUUGGUGUUGGCUGUCCUGGCCGUGUCAGGCAGCAGAGCUCGUUCUCAGAAGAGCCCCCCCAGCAUUGGCAUCGCUGUCAUCCUCGUGGGCACUUCAGACGAGGUGGCCAUCAAGGAUGCCCACGAGAAAGAUGACUUCCAUCAUCUCUCUGUGGUGCCCCGUGUGGAGCUAGUAGCCAUGAAUGAGACCGAUCCAAAGAGCAUCAUCACCCGUAUCUGUGACCUCAUGUCGGACCGAAAGAUCCAGGGGGUGGUGUUUGCUGACGACACUGACCAGGAAGCCAUCGCCCAGAUCCUUGACUUCAUUUCAGCCCAGACUCUCACCCCCAUCCUGGGCAUCCACGGGGGAUCCUCUAUGAUCAUGGCAGACAAGGAUGAAUCCUCCAUGUUCUUCCAGUUUGGCCCAUCUAUUGAACAGCAAGCUUCCGUGAUGCUCAACAUCAUGGAGGAGUAUGACUGGUACAUCUUUUCUAUCGUCACCACCUACUUCCCUGGCUACCAGGACUUUGUGAACAAGAUUCGCAGCACCAUUGAGAACAGCUUCGUGGGCUGGGAGCUAGAGGAAGUCCUCUUGCUGGACAUGUCCCUGGAUGAUGGAGAUUCGAAGAUUCAGAACCAGCUCAAGAAACUUCAAAGCCCCAUCAUUCUUCUUUAUUGUACUAAGGAAGAGGCCACCUACAUCUUUGAAGUGGCUAACUCAGUAGGGCUGACUGGCUGUGGCUACACGUGGAUUGUGCCUAGUCUGGUGGCAGGGGAUACAGACACAGUGCCCUCGGAGUUCCCCACCGGGCUCAUCUCUGUGUCCUAUGAUGAAUGGGACUAUGGCCUCCCUGCCAGAGUGAGGGAUGGAAUUGCCAUAAUCACCACCGCUGCUUCUGACAUGCUGUCUGAGCACAGCUUCAUCCCGGAGCCCAAGAGCAGUUGUUACAACACCCAUGAGAAGAGGAUCUACCAGUCCAAUAUGCUGAAUAGGUAUCUGAUCAAUGUCACUUUUGAGGGGAGAAAUCUGUCCUUCAGUGAAGAUGGCUACCAGAUGCACCCGAAACUGGUGAUAAUCCUUCUGAACAAGGAGAGGAAGUGGGAGAGGGUGGGGAAGUGGAAAGACAAGUCCCUGCAGAUGAAGUACUACUUGUGGCCCCGAAUGUGUCCUGAGACAGAAGAGCAGGAGGAUGACCAUCUGAGCAUCGUAACGCUGGAGGAGGCUCCGUUUGUUAUUGUGGAGAGUGUGGACCCUCUGAGUGGAACCUGCAUGAGGAACACAGUCCCCUGCCAAAAACGCAUCGUCUCCCAGAAUAAAACAGAUGAGGAGCCAGGUUACAUCAAAAAAUGCUGCAAGGGCUUCUGUAUUGACAUCCUUAAGAAAAUUUCCAAAUCUGUGAAGUUCACCUAUGACCUUUACCUGGUCACCAAUGGCAAGCAUGGGAAGAAAAUCAAUGGAACCUGGAAUGGUAUGAUUGGAGAGGUGGUCAUGAAGAGGGCCUACAUGGCGGUGGGGUCACUCACCAUCAACGAGGAGCGAUCCGAGGUGGUCGACUUCUCUGUGCCCUUCAUAGAGACCGGCAUCAGUGUCAUGGUGUCACGCAGCAAUGGGACUGUCUCACCGUCUGCCUUCUUAGAGCCCUUCAGCGCUGAUGUCUGGGUUAUGAUGUUUGUGAUGCUGCUCAUUGUCUCAGCUGUGGCUGUCUUUGUCUUUGAAUACUUCAGCCCUGUGGGUUAUAACAGGUGCCUCGCUGAUGGUAGAGAGCCAGGGGGCCCAUCUUUUACCAUCGGCAAAGCUAUUUGGUUACUGUGGGGCCUGGUGUUUAACAACUCCGUCCCGGUGCAGAACCCAAAGGGGACCACCUCCAAGAUCAUGGUGUCAGUAUGGGCCUUCUUCGCUGUCAUCUUCCUGGCCAGCUACACUGCCAAUUUAGCUGCCUUCAUGAUCCAAGAGGAGUAUGUGGACCAGGUUUCUGGCCUGAGUGACAAAAAGUUCCAGAGACCUAAUGACUUCUCACCCCCUUUUCGCUUUGGGACGGUGCCCAAUGGCAGCACAGAGAGGAAUAUUCGCAAUAACUAUGCAGAAAUGCAUGCCUACAUGGGAAAGUUCAACCAGAGGGAUGUGGAUGAUGCGUUGCUCUCCCUGAAAACAGGGAAACUGGAUGCCUUCAUCUAUGAUGCAGCAGUGCUCAACUACAUGGCAGGCAGAGACGAAGGCUGCAAGCUGGUGACCAUUGGCAGCGGGAAGGUCUUUGCUUCCACUGGGUAUGGCAUUGCCAUCCAAAAAGAUUCUGGGUGGAAACGCCAGGUGGACCUUGCUAUCCUGCAACUCUUUGGAGAUGGGGAGAUGGAGGAGCUGGAAGCUCUCUGGCUCACUGGCAUUUGCCACAAUGAGAAGAACGAGGUCAUGAGCAGCCAGUUGGACAUUGAUAACAUGGCAGGAGUCUUCUACAUGUUGGGAGCAGCCAUGGCUCUCAGCCUUAUCACCUUCAUCUGUGAACACCUUUUCUAUUGGCAGUUCCGGCACUGCUUUAUGGGUGUCUGUUCCGGCAAGCCUGGCAUGGUCUUCUCCAUCAGCAGAGGUAUCUACAGCUGCAUCCAUGGAGUGGCUAUCGAGGAGCGUCAAUCCGUGAUGAAUUCCCCCACCGCGACCAUGAAUAACACCCACUCCAACAUCCUGCGCCUGCUUCGCACGGCCAAGAACAUGGCCAACCUGUCCGGGGUGAACGGCUCCCCGCAGAGCGCCCUGGACUUCAUCCGCCGCGAGUCCUCCGUCUACGACAUCUCCGAGCACCGUCGCAGCUUCACACAUUCCGACUGCAAGUCCUACAACAACCCGCCCUGCGAGGAGAACCUCUUCAGCGACUACAUCAGCGAGGUGGAGAGGACUUUCGGCAACCUGCAGCUGAAGGACAGCAACGUGUACCAAGACCACUAUCACCACCACCACCGGCCCCACAGCAUCGGCAGCACCAGCUCCAUCGACGGGCUCUACGACUGUGACAACCCGCCCUUCACCGCCCAGCCGCGCUCCAUCAGCAAGAAGCCCCUGGACAUCGGCCUCCCCUCCUCCAAGCACAGCCAGCUCAGUGACCUGUACGGCAAGUUCUCCUUCAAGGGUGACCGCUACGGUGGCCACGACGACCUGAUCCGCUCCGACGUGUCCGACAUCUCCACCCACACCGUCACCUACGGCAACAUCGAGGGCAACGCGGCCAAGAGGCGCAAGCAGCAGUACAAGGACAGCCUGAAGAAGCGGCCGGCCUCGGCCAAGUCCCGCCGGGAGUUCGACGAGAUCGAGCUGGCCUACCGCCGCCGGCCGCCCCGCUCCCCGGACCACAAGCGCUACUUCAGGGACAAGGAAGGGCUACGGGACUUCUACCUGGACCAGUUCCGCACCAAGGAGAACUCGCCCCACUGGGAGCACGUGGACCUGACUGACAUCUACAAGGAGCGGAGCGACUCGGUCAGCGGAGGCGGGCCCUGUACCAACAGGUCUCACCUCAAACACGGGGCCGGGGACAAACACGGCGUGGUCGGCGGGGUCCCGGCGCCUUGGGAGAAGAACCUGACCAACGUGGAGUGGGAGGACCGCUCCGGGGGCAACUUCUGCCGCAGCUGCCCCUCGAAGCUGCACAACUACUCCUCGUCGGUGGGAGGGCAGAACUCGGGGCGGCAGGCGUGCAUCCGCUGCGAGGCUUGCAAGAAAGCGGGCAACCUGUAUGACAUCAGCGAGGACAACUCCCUGCAGGAGCUGGACCAGCCGGCGGCCCCGGUGGCCGUGACGUCCAACGCCUCCACCACCAAGUACCCCCAGAGCCCCACCAACUCCAAGGCCCAGAAGAAGAACCGGAACAAGCUCCGCCGGCAGCACUCCUACGACACCUUCGUGGAUCUGCAGAAGGAAGAAGCCGCCUUGGCCCCGCGCAGUGUGAGCCUGAAAGACAAGGGCCGGUUCGUGGAUGGGAGUCCCUACGCCCACAUGUUUGAGAUGCCAGCUGGCGAGAGCACCUUUGCCAACAACAAGUCCUCAGUGCCCACUGCCGGACACCACCACAACAACCCUGGCGGCGGCUACAUGCUCAGCAAGUCGCUCUACCCUGACCGGGUCACGCAAAACCCUUUUAUCCCCACUUUUGGGGACGACCAGUGCUUGCUCCAUGGCAGCAAAUCCUACUUCUUCAGGCAGCCCUCGGUGCCAGGGGCGCCAAAAGCCAGGCCGGACUUCCGCGCCCUUGUCACCACCAAGCCAGUGGUCUCGGCCCUUCAUGGGGCUGUGCCAGGCCGUUUCCAGAAAGACAUCUGUAUAGGGAACCAGUCCAACCCCUGUGUGCCUAACAACAAAAACCCCAGGGCUUUCAAUGGCUCCAGCAAUGGUCAUGUUUAUGAGAAACUUUCUAGUAUUGAGUCUGAUGUCUGAGUGAGGGAAGAGAGAGGUUAAGGGUCAGGAGCAAGGAAAAUAUCAAGACUUCACAUCGGCAGGAAACAUGGAGGCUAGAGAAGCAUCCAGGUAGAACUCUUACUGAUAAAAACACGACAUAGUAAAAAUACCCUUUCUUUGUUGUGAAUGCAAUUGGAGGUCAACCAGAGCACUUACAGCUGUGUUUUUCCUCAUUCACUUGUCAUCUCUUUGACUUAUUACUGUUUCUCAAUUUAGGGGUCUUGAGUUAUUCUAUGUCCUGAGUCAGUUUCAAGUAGCUCACCCUCAAAAGACACACACACACACACACACACACACACACACACACACACACACCACUGUUAGGAUGAGAAGCUGAAAGAGCACAGAGCUUGAACACAUACAUGGUAUUUAAUGUUUCUAAACCAGAGUCCAACAAGUCUGGUACAAUCAGCACUCCCAUGUUUUAAUGACAGAGGACAGAGCCUGCUGUGCAAAACUGGCUACUUUGGGUCCCAGAAAAGAGAACAACAUUGUUACUGAUUGCUCCUGAGACUCCUGAACACUUUUGAUGAUCAGGGAAGUUAUAUUGGUUAUUUCUUGGUAGCUGGCACAAGAAAUGGGGCACAUUUUCUACCACCCAAAAAGGAGUAGAAAACUUUCUGUAAUAGAAGUUGAAGGCUGAAAUAACAAAAAUGUUUUGAGGUGUCAUUCCUUAAACAGUUUUAACUUAAUUCCCAUAUAAAAGGCCCCGAGCUACGGCAGUUUGUAGCCUGAAUCUUCAUCUGUGGAGAAGAAUGGAGUUUCUAGAAUCACCAGCAGCCCACUUAGGCCUCCACCACCUUGAGCCUGUGGUACAUUCUGAGUAAAUUAAAGUAAUUGAUAUGUGGAUGUUGAAUAAUUUACCAUAACCACUAAAUGGCCUCUUUUGGCAGAGGAAUAUUAUCAUCUUUUAAUUUUACAUAUAGGAAAGUUGGAGCACAGCAAAAUUUGAUGAUUAAAUAGGUUAUUCUUGGCAGGCUAUAUAGGAAAUUCUUGGCAGAAACAAACUUGUCUGAAUUUUCAACUCUCAGCCUGGCCCACUGAGUAAUGGUGCCUGAAUUGUCCACCCUACCCUAAGUGUUCAGCAUCUAACAGUGGAGAAAAAUCAUGGAAGCGAGCUGAUUUAUCCAAAUCUUUCCAAUGGAAAUUUGUCUUCUUCUCACACACACACACACACACACACACACACACACUUCACUUGAGUCUACGGAACCAAGUCAAGUAAGAACAAAACAAGAGCUUUGAAAACCAGAAGGGGUAGAAAAGUUUCUAUAAUAAAGAGAAGUUGAAGGCCGAAUAACAUAAGUGUUUUUAAAUUUUGUGGGGUAAGACAUUGUGGAAAAUUAUUAUUAAUAACUUUUUAUGUAGCAUGUAAUUCACGCAAAUAAAAGCUCAAGAAAAACUAAGACAGAGGAUUUCUUCCAGAGUGUUCCAUGGGGAAGGCAGCCUUCAGGAAUGUGUGCAAAGAAUGCCCUGGUACUCUGAAGGUGUCAGUAGUUUGGGUCAGCCCAGAGUGAGGAAGGCCACCUCCAGGGAGUGUUCCCUAGAUUCAUCUUCUGGGGACUGCUACAUAAUUGAGUUAAGUUCCAACACCACAAGUUGGAUUCUAGUAUUAAGGCAUGAGUUAGUUCUGGUAGCAUCAAUAGAAAUAUUAAGAAGACUCACAUACAAAUGAAUUCCAGAAGGAAGGAUCUAUAUCCCCCAGAAACAAUAAUUAUUGCUUGCCUAAAACCUGAAGGAAGGGAGGGAGGGGUGUUUUAAAGACUAAUAAAGAUCUCCUGAGGAUUCUUAUGAUAUCUAGAUUUUACCCCAAGAUUAAAAUGGUGAUUUCUUUAAGCACCCAAGGGCCAGGGAAUCCUGCAACCACCUUUUCUUGUAGUCUACCUGUUCACGAUGAAUGGUAUCAAGCUGAGGAAGUAAUCAGUCUUUCCAAAGAGUUCAGUGACUUUAGUAUGUGUCAUACAACAUUCUCUUUAGAGAUUUUGCUGAUUCUAAGAGCAGUGAAAGAACUCUAAGUGUCCUAGCUUAACGUAGAAUUUAUUUUUCAUUUCAUCCUGUUCCUAGAGGGAAGAUAGGAGAGGAAGUAGGAAGAUGGAAAAGUCCUUAAAUGGGUGAGUGGAGAGUCUUCUAUACUAUCAACUGCACAGUGUAGUCAUUCCCAGAGCCUGGUUCAGAAGCCUGGCUUUAGGAGAGGAUAUGGGCAAAGUGAAGAGUUAAGUUUUAUUUCUAUGCCUGGGAAUGGUGCUGGAGAGGCUAUUAGAACCCUCUUUAAGCUCAAAGUUUAGAAUCAGGCCAAUUACAAAUCUUCCUCUCCUUUUAUCAUCCCAGUAGGCCACAUGAAAUCAUGAUGGUGACAUAGGAAGCUAAGAGAGAGGGGAAGGGCUAUUCUAUCUUGACCCAGGGUAGCUUCAUCUUUCUCAGGAGUGUCAUCACAAAUACUUGGAUCAUAAUGCUCCUUGAUGACAAGUAAGAGGGCCAACAGAGCCUUUGGAGCAUCUUAGUCCCCUGAGAUGACCACUCCCUGUUAUGCUAUAGCUAUAUUCAUUGGAGAAAAAAUCAGGAUUCAUGGGAAUCCUAGGGCAUGAAAUAACAGAGAGUCAUUUAAUCAAAAUGACAGAGCUCUUGUGCUAAAUUUUCAAGACUACAGUAGUAAUAAAAACUGCAAGCCUUAAGCAUAUCUACCAAGAAAACAGUUUAGGGAAGCAUUAUGGAGGGACAUUUUCACAAAGAUCCUUAUCUGCACAAGACUGAAGCCACUGCUAAGCCAAUGUCACAUGUAAAAUGAAGGUACCUUCCCAUUUGAAGUACAUUUAGUGCUGGGCACUAAGUGUCCCAUGGAAAGGCAGAAUGGUUUAGAUAAAGUCAAUUUCAGAGCCCAAGGCACUGCUGAGCAUCAGCCUCCACAUGAGCUCAAACUCCUUCUCACAGCCUGGGGGCAGAAUGUAAUUCCUCUGAUUUUAUAGUUUUGAUUCCUUCCCAACUAAGCUUGUCCAUUUGAUUAUUGGCUUGCACCUUUCAUUUUCUUGGCCUCUUGCUUCCUAUAGCUUAUAUGAAGGAAUCAUCUGUAUAAUCUUGUUUGGGUAAGGCCUGGUAGACAAGAAGAUAAAUGAGACUAAAAACAAAACAAGAAUCUUCUGGGGCAAUUUUGAUUGUAUUGUGAUUUCCUUUGUCUCCUUUUCAAUAUUCUUUGCCACAUGAUGGAGAAAUUUAUCCAGUCUGGUCAUUACCAAUCAAAUAUUUUAUUGGCAAAGUUUGGCAUGAAAAACGAAUAGAAUCAGCAUAUUUCAUUUAAUCUUGACAGUCUUUUGGUUUAUUAUUCUCUCCCCCCGAGUCAUCUCUUCUUUGAGGCAUUUAUCUUCCUCUUUCCUCUCCUGGAAAGUCAUGAUUCCACAACAAAUUUCAGUGGUUGGUGCUGAACAAAAACAAUGGUAGUUGUAAUAAACCAAAAUGCCCAUGUGAGCUUUAUCAUGAGACUAGCCUUCCAAAUUUCUCACCUCACAGCCUUCUUGGCAGCUCUCCUGGUUCCCCUUCAGGUCUUGGUUCCCCUCCUCACCUUCUUUCCUAUAAAGGUGGGAUGUAUUUCUUAAGCUGCAUUAUCAUCUAUCCUAUUAGAUUGUUAAAAGAAACCCUUGGUAGUAAUUUCUCAUGGUUUUCUCACUAUAUUUUAACUUGGGAAGAUGGAAAAGGUAAAAAGAAUGAUAAGCACACAAGUAAGGUUUUAUUACCAGAUAUUUCAACUCAAGGUCAAGUGCUGGGGAAGUGGGUGACCUCCAGUGAUAGCCUGCGGUUUUGCUAGUGGAGACGGGUGUGCUCUGGAAUAUUAAGCAACUUCUGUGAGAGUAUGCACCAGGGCUUUGACCGAGGUACCUGUCAUGUGCAUGAAAGCAUUUUGUGGUUGUUAUAGUCUUCCCUUUUUUAUUGUUGCAAAGCACAGGUCCUGCACGAUGGGAGAGGCUUGAGUUUCAGUUUGAACAUGCUGGUGACAGAACUUUUUAUAGGGUGGACAGGGAGCGACCACCAUGUUUCUAAAUGUAUUUCACCCAAUGAUCUGUUGUUGCACAUUCUUUCUUUAACCAUUAAUAUUAUGUCUUCUGUUGAAAUGAGAGCAAGAAGGUGGACUAGGAAACAGAUUCAGUGACAAGCAGACAGAAAGCUUUGUUCUAAAAAGAAUGCUCUUCACAGAGCUGAGAAGAACCUAGAAGCAAGGAAGGGAGAAGCCAGGGCAGAAUGGUUUGGGGUAAAGAGACAAUGACCCUGGCAUCCCGAUGUUCUGGUUUACUCUGUAAGAAGUAUGUUUGCUGUUCCCUAUCAGCUCUGGCAGAAGGAGAAGCUGUGCUGCUGAUGAUUAUGCAGGAAAUGGUGACAGCCUGACUUUAGAGAGAGGCAUUGUCUUCCAGGAAGAUGCUGAUGAGCAUGACACCUUACCUUUUCCAAACCUUGUCUACAAAUCUUUAGGGCAGCCCCUCUCAAAUGAUUUAUAGUCUCCAGUUAAGAAUAUUCUGAGUAGAAGGCCAUUAUGAUUACACUUACUUAAAUUGGGAAGCCAAGGGCAGUGUGGGGAGCAAAACACAUCUGGGGAAUAGAGUUAGUAGAACCUUUUGCUCAGUUUUGGAAUGAUUUUGGAUCACAAAGUUAGGUGACCUCUGAGAAAGAAAAUCUUUAAAUAAGAUUAUAUCUCCCCAUCUCCAGUGAAAACACCAGGUUUAUAAUCUGAUUACCAUUUACUUCAGGAAGGAAAUGGGUCGAUUAAAUUACAAAUAAGCAUUUACAGAUUGAUUUCAUCCUGAGUAUUACACAUAUUAACAUGGAAUUUACUGACUCAGACAUGAUCUUUUAAGCUAUAAAAUAUUAUUGAAGGGCAAUAGAUCAGAUGUUCUGAGCUAAAACGUUAACUAAUCCUCUGAAACAUUCAGAGUCUCUAUAAAUUCUAUUGUAUACACAAAGGAUUUGGGAGUUAGGCAACAGAAGGAGAGGUUCAGAGAGCUGUUGACUGAGACUCGAGGUCAUUUCUUAAUGAUUAAAAAAUGAUAAUAAACCUAAAUCUUCACUUUAUAAGAGAGCAGAGAAAAUGAGCUCUAUCCUCAUUUAGAUAUUUGGUUAAAAUUUAGAAUAAAUAUCCAGAAUUUUUUCCUGAAAUCUUCUUUUGGAGAGAUUUGGCCUGCAGUGUAUGAGAAUGUUUUGGAGAGAUGAUUUAAUCACAUAUUGAUAUUUAUUGCGUGGGAACCCCAUGCCAGGGAUACAAAGGUGAACAAUCAGGCCCUCAUGAAGGUUACAUACUGAAAGGAAAUAGACAAUAAACAAAUAAACAUAUUUCAUGUCAGAGAUUGCAAAGUGCUGUGAGAAAAAUGAGGCAGAUUAAGGGAAUAGGAGAUUAUGAUUGGGUAUAUGGUUGUUACUUUUUAUAGGGUGGACAGGAGAAGCUUCUAUAAAAAAAAGUAAUAUGUGAGCAAGGCUUAGAGGGAAUGAGCCUUGGGGCUUUCUAUGUGAAAGGCUUUUCAAGUGAAAAUAACUACAAAGGCUGUGUGGUUAAGCCCCAUGCUUAGAGUACUUGAGGAAGAGCCAGGAGGCCAAUACUUGAGGACAGAAUGUGAGAGGUGAGGCCAGGUAGGUGUUAUUGACCCAUAAGUCUUAUACGCUAAAUACUGGUAAAUAUUUGGGUUUCUACUAAGAGCAAGAUGCAAAGUCACUAGAAAGUUCUGGGUAGAGAGUGAUGUGAACCCAGACUUCCAUUUAAAAGGAAGCAUUGUGACUGUUGUAUUGAGAAUAUAUAUUGUGAGAGGGUGGGCAAUAGAAAAACAGCUAGACCAGUUAGUAGGCUACUGCAAUAAUCCAAGUCAAUGACUAUGGUGCUAACAAAGGAAGUGGUGAGAAGUGGUGAAUUCUGGAAAUAUUUUUAAAGGUUUGCUGAUGAAUUAGAUAUCAAGUAAGAGAAAGAAAAGAAUCAAGAAUCACCCUAGAAUUUUCAGCCUCAGCUACUGGAAUUUUGGAGUCACCAUUAAUAAGAUAAGAAUCCUGCAAGUGAAGUAGAUUGCGAAAGAGAACCUUAUAGCAAUAUGCCCAUCAGACAUCCAAAUGGAAAUGUUGAUUGGCUAUAUGAACCUGGAAUUUAGGAAAGAGGUAGAACCUGAAUAUAUAAUUUAUAAUUCAUAAGCAUUUGGAUAGUACUGAAGCCUUGAGGCUGGAUCUAGGGAGUGAGUGCAGAUAGAAGAGAGCUUCCAGCAUGUUCAGAGCCCCAGGAGAUGAGCCACUGGGAGAAGUGGCCAGGGGUAAGUCAGGCUCUACUGAGUAGAAUAAGAUAAUCUGCAAACAUGUAGAUCGCUCCAUUGAUGACCUGGAAAAGUUUAGCGGAUUGCUAGGGACAAAAGCAUGAUAGGGGCGGGUUCAAGAAAGAGUGGGAG